AUGACUGAAACAUACGGCCCUGGGCCUGCAGAAAGUCCACUGAUUAUCAAACUACUCAUCAUGCAUCAACUGUUCAGACUGGUUUUAGGACAAAAAGAUCUUUCACGAGCUGGGGACCUCUUCUCCUUAGAUGACUCCGAGAUUGAAGAUAGCCUGACAGAAGCUUUGGAGCAAAUUAAAGUAAUUAGCUCAUCUUUGGAUUACCAGACCAAUAACAAUGACCAGGCUCUGGUUGAAAUCUGUAUCACGAGAAUCACGACAGCCAUCAGAGAGACAGAGUCCAUUGAAAAGCAUGCAGAGGCCCUGGUGGGGCUCUGGGACUCCUGUCUGGAGCACAGCCUGAGACCCUCUGGGAGAGAUGAAGACACUCCCCACGCAAAAAUUGCUUCUGAUAUCAUGAGUUGCAUUUUACAGAAUUACAACCGGCCCCCUGUGAUGGCAUUAGCCAUCCCCAUCGCAGUGAAAUUCCUCCACAGAAGCAACAAGGAACUGUGCAGGAAUAUGUCCAACUACCUGUCCCUGGCUGCGAUCACCAAGGCAGAUCUCCUGGCUAAUCACACAGACGUUAUAGUUAAGAGCAUACUCCAAGGCAAUGCCAUGCUGUUGAGGGUGUUGCCCGCGGUGUAUGAAAAGCAGCCUCAGCCAAUCAACAGACACCUGACAGAACUCCUGGCCUUGAUGUCUCAGCUGGAACAACCAGAACAGUACCAUCUUCUCCGGCUUUUGCAUGUAGCCGUGAAGAGAAAGCAACCAGAGGUGGCUCAGAAAUGUAUUCCUUUCCUAAUCGGGUAUUUGAAAGAUUCAACCCAUAAUGAUGUCAUCCUAAACAUCCUCAUAGAGAUAGCAGGCUACGAACCUGUGGCUUUGAAUGGUUUUCUUCCAAUGCUGAAAGAGAUUGGUGAGAGAUUCCCCUACCUCAUCGGACAAAUGGCAAGACUCUAUGGAGCUGUGGGGCAUGUGGAUGAAGAGAGAGCCAGGAGCUGCCUGCCUUUCCUGGUGAGUCAGUUGGCCAACAUGGAACAUUCGUUUCAUCAUAUUCUCCUGCUGGAGAUUAAGAGUAUCACUGAUGCUUUCUCCUCCAUCCUGGGCCCUCAGAGCAGAGAUAUCUUCCGUAUGAGCAACAGCUUCACCACGAUUGCCAGGCUCCUUACCCAACAACUGGAAACAGCCAAGGCCAAAAGCAGCAGGAAAAAACCAAGCACUGAGGUUGAAAUCCCUGAGAAGCUGGAAAAAAUCAAACUCACUUUGGCUGAAAAUGAAGACCAUGAAAAGCUGCAAGUUAAAAUACAGGCUUUUGAAGACAAAAUAAAUGCUGAGAACAAUACUCCCAGCUCUAUCAGAAGAUACAGUUUGGGCCAAUUUUCUAAGGAAGAAAGAAAGGACAUUAGAUUUAACAGGUCAAAGAGUUUGGCUUUGCACACUGCACUAAUGAAGAACGAGAGUUCAGAUGAUGAGGAAGUUGUAGAGAGAGAAAAUAAGCCAACCAGCUUCUUUCUUUCAGAAACAGACCCACUUCGCCAAGGAAAUGAUAAGUUGCCCUUUAAGGCAAACUCUGACAGAUCACAGCUGGAAAAUUCUUCAGUUUCACACCCAAGUAUUAUGCAUACAGAAUCAGAGAAUUUGCCAGAAACAGUUAAAGAAAACUGUCAGGGAGAAACUCCAGAAACAAUUGCAAGUCCUGUAGAAUACCAAGAUAAGCUCUACUUGCACUUAAAGGAAAACUUCAGUAAAGUAAAAGCAUAUGCUGUGGAAAUCGGAAAGAAGAUUCCAGUCCCCGAUCAGUGUACCAUUGAAGAUUCUGUCAGAAGUUGUGUAGCAAAGUUGUUCUUCACCUGCUCCCUGAAGGGUCAUUACUGCCUCUACAGUAAAUCCAGUUUUAUACUCAUCAGCCAAGAACCUCAGCCAUGGAUCCAGAUCAUGUUUCUCUUUCAGCAGAGUCUGUUUCCUGAGCCCCUGUCCAUACAGAGUCAUUCUGUACAAUUCCUCAGAGCUCUGUGGGAGAAGACCCAGGCAGAAGGUGCUCACAGCUUUGAAACAGCCAUGAUGGAGUCCACAUUUCCACAACAGAAGGAUCUGGACCAGGUACAGCUCCAUCUGGAAGAAGUGAGAUUCUUUGAUGUAUUUGGCUUCAGCGAAGCGGCAGGAGCAUGGCAAUGCUUCAUGUGCAACAAUCCCGAGAAAGCGACCGUUGUAAAUCAAGAUGGCCAGCCUCUCAUAGAAGGAAAACUUAAAGAGAAGCAAGUCAGAUGGAAGUUCAUCAAAAGGUGGAAAACUCGUUAUUUUACGCUGGCUGGAAAUCAACUUCUGUUUCAAAAAGGAAAGUCUAAAGAUGAUCCUGAUGACUCCCCAAUAGAACUCAGCAAAGUACAGAGUGUGAAAGUUGUGGCCAGGAAACGCAGGGACCGCUCCCUCCCUCGAGCUUUUGAAAUCUUCACAGGCAAUAAAACCUAUGUUUUCAAGGCCAAGGAUGAGAAGAAUGCAGAAGAGUGGCUCCAGUGCAUCAAUGUGGCAGUUGCCCAAGCAAAAGAGAGGGAAAGUAGAGAAGUAACCACAUAUCUGUAGGGAUUUGCAAGCCGACCUCACACUCACUGAUUACAUACAAUGGGCAUUGCGCUAUCAUUGCCAAUGUUAAGAAAAAGAGAUAAAUUCACCAAGUCACACUGUGUUUUUCUAAGUACCAGUGGAAUUGUUUUCCCUAAGAAGCAGGACCUAAAAGUGGUGGGAUUCUUACGCAUUUCAUAUUCUAAUGGCGCCUGCAUUAACUCUAGAACAUCUGCGUGACCCUACAGGAAAAGGAGCUACAAAUGGUAUGGGGUAGAAAGGGGAGAGUUGGGGAUCUAGGAGGCUCUGAAGAUAUGCCAUUGUACGUUGUAAGAACACAACUCUACAAGAUACCUGAAAUACCUAUCCUGAGGAAAGAUUAAAUACUUCUGAUGAAAACCACAGUUUGCCAAAAGUAUUAGAAGG